AAAAGCAAGUAAAUGAAAGUAGGUUUUAGCAGCUGAAAAAAUCGAACUCCAAAUCCCAAAUCAAUGGCAGGUUCUACUGGUGGCACCGCUUCUUCUAGUCCCUCACCGGCCCCUCCGGCUCCUAAAAUCCUAUUGGCUAAGCCCGGACUGGUUACCACUGGACCGGUGGUUGGUAAAUUUGGACGCGGCGGUGCCGAAGACGAAACGGUGCCACAUCGGUCUCGUCUGCCUGCAAUUGGGUCUCUCAAUCUCCUCUCUGAUUCCUGGGAAUUCCACAUUGAUCGCUUUCUUCCUUUUCUGACUGAGAAUACAGAUUUCACUGUGAUAGGGAUAAUUGGGCCACCUGGAGUUGGCAAGUCCACCAUCAUGAAUGAGCUUUAUGGCUUUGAUGGGGGUUCAACCGGAAUGCUACCACCGUUUACUAUACAGUCAGAAGAUAACAGAGCAAUGGCAAGACAUUGUAGCGUAGGCAUUGAACCAAGGAUAUCUGCUGAGCGUCUUAUACUGCUUGACACCCAGCCGGUUUUUAGCCCAUCUGUACUGGCUGAGAUGAUGAGACCUGAUGGUUCUUCAACAAUAUCAGUUUUGAGUGGUGAAAAUCUAUCUGCUGAAUUGGCACAUGAACUUAUGGCUAUUCAGCUUGGUGUUCUUCUAGCAUCCAUUUGUCAUGUUCUGCUCGUGGUAUCAGAUGGAGUUCAUGAUGAUAAUAUGUGGCAUUUGUUGUUGACGGUUGACCUGUUGAAACAUGGCAUACCUGAUCCAUCUUCACAUUUGCUGAGCUCAACUGUGGGGUCUGAGAAGGAAAACAAAGACAAACUUUUUGAGGGUGAAGAAUAUAUGGCUACUCCAGUCUUUGUGCAUACAAAAUUGCAAGAUCAAAAUGUUACCCCGCAUAACUUAAUGCAACUGAGGAAGGCACUUGCACAAUACUUCAGCUCCUCUUCGUUCAUCAGAGAGAGAUGCGGAAGCAUGGCAAAGGAGAAUUUCUUUUCUUCCACGGCUUCUAACACUCAGGGUGAUGAUUUUCAUGCUAUGCCACUGAAAUUAUUUUUAAUCCCAUCUAAAAACAAAGAUGAUUUGCCAAGGGCACAGCAUGAAAGUUACAACUCUGCACUAUGGAAACUGCGCGAUGAGGUUUUAUCCAUGAAUUGCCCUUCCUUUGCAAGGACCGUCUCAGAACGUGACUGGCUGAAAAAUUCUGCAAAGAUAUGGGAACUAGUUAAAAGCUCUUCUGUCAUUGCUGAGUAUAGCCGAACACUUCAAAACUCAGGCAUGUUUAGGAGAUAGCAACCCCCAAUGUGCUUUGUGUUGUUUAAAGAGGGGAUAACAGAUGAUCUUUGAUGUCUUAGUUUAGCUUGCUCUCCUCCAUACCAGAAAUUUUCAUAUUCUCAAUUCCUGUGUACUGCAUUAUAUUUCUCAUUGUGUGAUUUAGUUAGUAAAGCUGGCAAUUUAGUCAUUUCA